AUGAAGUCCCAGGGUUACUACGUGGAGGUCCAGCCCUUCCACGAUUUGAUACAGAUCAACGGCAAAGCUACCUUGUGGGCGAACGGUGAAGCUUUCGAUGUUGAGCCGAUGGGAUGGUCUCCCGAAUGCGCUUUUACUGAACGCCCCCUCGUAGCCGUUGAUGGGGUAGGAUGCAAAGCUGCUGACUAUCCACAAGAGGCUUUAGAGUCGGUCGUGAUGGUCGGUGCAGGCGGCUGUUCUCUCUCUGACAAGUCAAUAGCCGCGGGUGAAGCUGGAGCCAUAGGCCUCUUAAUUUCAAGCGCAGGCAUCAACGACAAUGCCAGUGGUGUAGCCAGUCUUCUGGAAAUAGCCACACAGCUUUCGAGGUUCAAAACGAACUCGACAGUUAAGUUCGCCUUUUGGACAGCCUCAGAACCAUGCUUGCUAGGCUCCAAACAUUGGAUGUAUACUGCCCACAAGGAGGAGCUUCAGAAGAUACGCCUUUACCUCGAUGCCAACAUGCUUGGCUCACCCAAUGGCGCCCUCAAGGUAUAUGAUGGGCAUGGUUCCUCUUUCGGGACGCCUGGACCGCAUGGCUCAGGAGAAGCCGAGAUAACUCUAACACAGGGGUUCGAGGCUCAGGGCGUCAACUUCACAAGGACCGAGAUCAGCAACCGCAGCGACUACGCCACAUUUUUUGAUGCCAAAAUCCCUUUUGCAGGUCUUUUCAGCGGCGCCAACGGAUUAAAGACAUGGAAGGAGGUCGGUAUGUUCGGAGGUGACGCCGGGGUUCCAUACGACGCAAACUAUCACGAGAGAGACGAUAACAUACAGAAUAUCAAUAUGACAACCUUGUUACAAAACACAAAGGCAUUGGCCCAUGCCGUCGGAGUUUACGGAAGAAGCCUUGACAACUUUCCGGCAUCAGCGAUCCGGCAUUACGGCACGUCAACGGAAUAUCUAUACCCACUGUUGACCUCAGCAUGGGUUGCAUACUACUUGUUAUCCUAA